AUGAAUUCUUCAAACGAAGUAAUAAUACCAGUAAGUACAACUACAAAGGAAAGCCCAGCCACAACUCCAAAAAAUUUUGCACCCUCACCUGAUUUCAAAUGGUUAUGUGAUGAAUUAUUUGUUAAAAUAGAUAAAAUUAGAGAACAAAUCAAAAAUAAAACCGCUAAUACUAUAUCAAAUAAACCUAUUUCUACAAGGUAUUUUGAUACUAUAACACAUUUUAUAAAAUUAUGGAGAACCACUAUAGGUGAUGAUAUUUUCCCUGCAUUGAGAUUAAUUCUUCCUUAUAGAGAUCGUAGAGUUUAUAAUAUUAAAGAUCUCACUUUGAUUAGAGCUAUCUGUUCAUAUUUAAAAUUACCCAAGAAUUCAGUAGUGGAACGAAGAUUAAUUCGUUGGAAAUAUAAAGCAGAUCGUUAUGAAACGUUAGCUACAUUUUGUAUUCAUGAAAUUUCCAAGAGAAAAAAUGAACCGCAAGUCACACAAGUUGAAAGAAUAUCAAUUGAUAAAUUGAACGAAAUAUUGGAUGAUUUGGUCGUUAAUCGUCAAAAUUGGAAUAACAAGAAACGUUCUAAUUUAUUACAAGUAGAAACAUUCAAAUUUUGUUUAGAAAAUAUGACAUUUAUUGAAUUAAAAUAUUUUUUUGACAUCAUUGUAAAGAAUAAAAUACUUGGAAGUCUUGAAAAUAUGUUUUUGAAAAUAUGGCAUCCAGAUUCCAAAGAAUAUUUGAGUGUUGUAUCAGAUUUACGUACCCUAUCAAAUAAAUUAUGGAAUCCUUCCAUUAAAAUUAAUAAUUCUGAUUUAUCAAUUAAAGUAGGUUAUAUAUUUGCCCCACAAUUAGCAAAAAGAUUGAUGUUAUCAUAUGAUACAAUAUCAAAUAGACUUAACAAUGAUUUUUUCAUUGAAGAAAAAAUGGAUGGAGAAAGGAUUCAGCUACAUUACAUGAAUUACGGUGAAACAGUAAAAUUUUUCAGCAGGCAUGGUACUGAUUAUACUUACCUUUAUGGAAAUGAUAAAUCUGCCGGAACCAUUGCUAAGUUUUUACGGCUGCACAAAAACGUGAAAGAAUGUGUUCUUGAUGGUGAAAUGGUUACUUUUGAUAGCACAAGUAAAAAGGUUUUACCAUUUGGUCUAGUAAAAUCUAGUGCUUCAUCACAGUUAAAUAAAAAGGAUAUUGAUAAUGACUCAUUUCAUCCUUUAUUUAUGGUGUUUGAUAUUCUAUAUUUAAAUGGGUCUUCUUUAAUCGAUUUACCAUUGUUUAAGAGAAAGGAAUUUCUAAAUACUGUUUUAACCCCGUAUAAAGAUUAUGUUGAAAUCCUGAGUUCUAUAAGAUGUACUGAUAGUAUACAAAUCAAGAAAGGACUUGAUGCAGCUAUUAGUGUAGGAUCUGAAGGUAUUGUGUUAAAACAAUAUAUAUCUAAAUAUAUACCAAAUGCCAGACAUAACAAUUGGAUUAAAGUUAAACCAGAAUAUUUAGAAGAAUUUGGUGAAAAUAUGGAUUUAAUCGUCAUUGGACGAGAUUCUGGUAAAAAAGAUUGUCUAAUUUGUGGUAUAUUAGUAACCGAGGAGAAACAAGAAUUAAGUGAAAAUAUGAAAAGAGAAUCAGAGAUUGAAAUUAUAUCCGAUAGUGGUGAUGACGAUUUAGAUACUAAGCCAUCUCAAGGGAUUAAAAAAGUAAUAUCCUUUUGUACAAUUGCAAAUGGAUUAUCACAAAACGAAUUAAAGGAAAUCAAUCGCAUUACUAGAGGUGCUUGGAAAAAUUACAAUAAUGAAACGCCGCCAAUAGAUGUUCUAGAAUUUGGAACUAAGAAACCGGUAGAAUGGAUUUAUCCGCAGGAUUCUGUGGUUUUAGAAAUCAAAGCUAGAUCUCUUGACCGAACAGACCAAACCCAAUAUAAAUAUGCGACUGGAUGCACAUUAUAUGGUGGAUAUUGUAGACAAAUCCGUCAAGAUAAGGAUUGGACUUCUUGUUACACAUUGCAUGACCUAACUUAUAAUGAAAUUAAGAGACAUGAAAAAAAGAAUAAAAAUAAACAAACUUUGAUCAGAUCUUAUAGUAGAAAGAAGAGCAAGAUUAUUUCACCAGCAGGUAUGCUUCCAAAUGGUACUGAUUUGCGUCUAAUCUCAGAUUUAUUUCAUGGACUAUACUUUUACAUUAUAUCAGACUAUAUACCUGAUUCUGAUGCUCAACGUAUUGAUAGAGAAGAUAUUUGCUCUUUAAUUAUAAAAAAUGGUGGAAGAGUCAUCUAUAAUGUGAUAGCUAAAACCUACACUAUUUCAAAGCUAAGAAUAUUGAGUUCCAAAUCUACAAUCGAGUGCACAGAUCUUGUAAGAAGAGGCUAUGACGUAAUAAAUUUGAGCUGGUUGUUCGAUUGUCUUCAAGCGGGAGUUAUCUUGCCCCUAGAGCCGGCACAUUGUUUAUUCGUCUCGAAUGAGUUGUUAGCUAUAGCUACGGAUAGAAUAGAUAAAUUUGGUGAUAGUUAUGAAGCUACACUUAUUGAUUCGAAAUUAUUGAAAUUGCUUGACUCAAAUAUUAAUAAGGUAAAUCGUUCAAAUAGUAAUCUACUUCUGAUUAAUAAGGAUGAAGGAGUGGACUCUAUACCAAUAUUUUUAUUUACCAAUCGUAAAUUUUUCUUGAUUAAAGAGGAUAUUUUAUUAGGUGACCGUGACACUCUUAUAUUUCAAAUUAAAUUAUAUGGUGGUUCUUUGGUAACAAAGCUAGAGGAUUGUAAUAUUAUUGUAGGAGUUUGCGGAUCACAAUUAGUAAAUAAAAAGCUUGGUGAUCUUCGAUGUAAGUUAGUAAAGCAAUAUGUUGAUGCAAAUUUCCCACAGCCAAUUCCCCGUGCCGUGAAUGUUUCCUGGAUCACUGAAUCAAUUAAAGCAGGAUACCAACUUUCACCAGAAGAUUAUCCUAUUUUAUAA